AUGGGAAGUCGUGUCUUUAAGGUGCGCCUCUCUCCGCAAACCCGUCAUCCAGCUCUAUGUUUUCGACAUAACGGCCUAACUGACGUGCAACAACACAGUCGACAUGGUGAACCAGCAUGGGAUACAGUUAGCCCUUCCGGCCAGGCGCCACGAUGGGCGCAGAAAGUUGAAUGGGCAAAAGCAGACCUCCUAGACCCCAGUUCAUACGGUCAACAUCUCAAGAAUGCCUCUGCUGUCGUCCAUUCGAUGGGCAUUCUCCUCGAAGCCGAUUACAAGGGCAUCUUGCAGGGCAAGGAAUCUCCUAUCACGGGACUACAGAAAGUUGUUGGGUCCUUCGCGGGUGUGACUGGGUCAAAUAAGGGCCAGAUGACAUAUCGAAUGAUGAAUACGGAAUCAGCUAUCUCCCUAGCUAAGAAGACGUCCGAAGAAAAUAUUUCAACAUUCGUCUAUAUAUCCGCCUCCUCUGGAGCUCCAGUAAUACCACAAGGCUAUAUCGCCUCAAAAAGGGAAGCCGAAUCUUCCAUACUAUCAAUGUUUCCAGAGCUGCGGAGUAUAUUUGUGAGACCAACGUUUAUGUACGACUCGUCUCGGAAGUUAUCUCUCCCUAUUGCGCUGGGCGGUAUGAUAGCUUCAGAAAUUAAUUUGUUGACGGGAGGGAAGCUCUCGGUUCUGGGGUCGAUGGCUGAAAAGCCCCUUAAAGUUAGCGUUGUUGGAGAGGCGGUGGUGGAGUCCAUUGAUGAUGGUGAAGUGAAUGGUGUCGUCAGUCCAAGGAAGAUUGAGGAUCUGGCAACCAAAGGCUGGAGAAAGACGAUGCUCUAA